GAGGGAGGGCCGUGGGGAGAGCGAGGACCUCCCCCACCACGCGGCGUUUCACCGCGACGGGAAUCCGCAGUCAGUCAGCGCUGGACCGCCGCCCGCUCGAUUUCUACAUUUUCGCACACUUGCUUACACGUAUGCAUAUUUUUUUAAAAACUCGCGCCCUUAAACUUAACAAAUACUCAGUAUUUUAGUAUUCGUAAGUCGUAUUGUUGUUUUCUGUGCCGCUGGGACUGUUGACCGCUAAAAAAUUCGCGUUUAUUUUGUUUCAAAAACUCACUAACGCGGAAUUGUUGAAACCAACUGCAGUCACAUUUAAACUUUGCCCCUCUGCAGAAAAAUAUUUUCAUUGUCAGUCGGUAGUUUGAGUGAUUUUAAGUGAUCUCCCACUCCGUUAUUAUUUGACAAGAAUGUCAAGUAAUUGUUUAUUUUCGCGGGGUUUUAUUUGAAAUAAAUAUGGCGGGAGGUUUAAAUUCAAUGGGGGUGGAUGUGUAAUAAAAGCGGGUGGUGCUAAAUGUGGAUAGAUCUUAAUUUAUGACUGUGAUGACGAUAUUGUAGGGAGUUUGACAUUAAUUGACAUCAAUGAUGAUAAUGUAUAUAAUGCAUCGUAAUGCAAUAAUGCACACACGUUUGUUUGAUCUCUUUUUGUUAAAAGAUAAUACAUAUGUCAGUGUUGUAUUUAAUAUAAUCCUCAGUUGAUGAUGAGGAAAUCGAUGAACGGAAAAGUUGAGAGAGUCUAAAGUGUGACAACUGAUGUUUUAAAACGCGAAGAGUUUGAGUGCAUAAAGCUGAUAAAGUGUGUAUGUAUAUUUAUAAAAUAUAUGUAUAUAUAUAUUUACAAAAGUUUAUUUCUCGUCAGUAUAUAAAUAAUUGGUGACACGAGAGCUAUUUAAAACUAGUGAAAGAGUGAUUGGUCCAAGUGAAAAAUAAAUAAAAGCCGAACGUGAAUAUUUUUAUUAGUAAUAAUAAUAAUGUUGAAUCUAUAUAAAAUAUAAAUAUCUCUGGAUUGGGUUUUUAAAGUUUGUGACAACGCCACUGGCUAUCGGCAUAUUGGAGCGUUUGGAACGGAGUCGAGGCUGACGGGUGCCGUUGACGAGUAUAUUGCUGAGAGAUCUUGAAAGAAACUCCAAAAUAGUCGCCACGGACAGAUGCCUCGAAGAAAACAACACGCGCCGCAACGCAUGAAAUGUAAGUAGUGGUCUCCAAUCGUUUGAAAAGCAAGCGGCCGACUCGCCGCGCCGGACGGAAGAUAUGCGCAGCAAGCAGCAACCGAGGCCUUCCUUCCGGUGGCCGCAACAACGCGGUGAUAACGUUACCGGGGAAGACGGUAUCGAAGGUUCGGGACCUGGAACAGAGCUCCAGGCUGAAGAAGGAGACUGCGUGGACGAGGAUGGUCCGAUCAGUCCGACCGACAGAAAUUGUCCAGCAACAGCAGCCAAAGAGGAUGAUGAAGCUGACGCAACUGACGACGAGGAUUCAGCAGCUAGUCCAUCAACGCCCCCGCCAUCAGUUUCAUCGAGGCUAAACCCCAUUGCCCUUCGAGAUACUGGACCUCCCGACAGGGAGCCAAUGAGUCCACGCUGCCCCUCAAGAGACUCAAGGGAAUCAUCUGGACCGGCAGCCGGAAGUCCCCCUCCUCAAGCGAACCGCAGCAGUGCUAGCCCACUGAGUCCAAGCAGCAUAGUACCUCUGGCAGGUCACCCUCUGCUGCCACCUCAUUCCGCGGCCGUGAUGGCGGCUUAUAUCCAGCAAACUCACCAGAGACUACUGCUGGGACACUCGCCACUUUCGGCGAGAGGCUCCGUGUCGCCGCUGGUCACCUCGUCGUGUUCACCUCCCGCAGCGACCCCCGGUCUGCUCGUCUCACCCACCAGCCUUGGUGAGGUAUCGCCCACAGCGACUCCUCUUCCCGCUGUCCUCGACUUCAGCACGCGAAAAAUUUCAUCCGCGGAAGAAGACGAAGACGAGCAUAUUUUAAAUUUGAGCAAACCUCCCACACCCUCGUCCUCAAGUGAAACUAACAAUGGGCCACUUGAUCUCUCAGUGUCGAGUCGAAAACGGCCGAGCCAUGAAGAGGACUCUCCACCACCUCCACCCAGAAAGUCAUCGAGACUUGGUACGAUAGCACCAUCAGCUCAUCAAGAAUCCCCCUCGGCGACUGGUCAGUUCGGGCGGCCUCCCGUGGUUUCGCCUUGGACAUCGCCCGUCGUGGCUUCUCACUUUCCGUACUUUGCUGCUGCAGUUGCAGCGGCUACUAGUCAGCAACAGCUUUCUCCCAAAAGCACGCCGGGUAUUGUAGACCACCACCAGCUGUGGAAUGGCAAGAUGAAGCCACCAGCGGCACUCGACAAACCCUAUCAGCCAAGUGAGGCCACUAAGGCACUGGAAAAAAUGAGCGAACUGAGUAAACUCGGCGGAGAUGAGCUCUACAGGCCGUCCAGUGGCGUUGGUUCUGGUGCAAGUUCUACUGGUAGUAAUCCAAGUGGUGCGUCAGGAAGUCGUCACAGCGCUUGGCAAUCCCACUGGCUUAAUAAGGGCGCAGAUCAAGCUAAAGACGUACUGAAGUGCGUUUGGUGCAAGCAGAGUUUUCCGACUCUCGCGGCGAUGACAACGCACAUGAAAGAAGCGAAACACUGUGGUGUCAAUAUGCCUGUUCCUCCACCUACAUCUGGAAUGCACUCUCACUCAUCGAACAUGUCGUCAAUGCCCACAUCCCAGCAUCAACAGCAACAGCAACAACACCAGUCCUUAAAUAGCUCUGCGAGUAGCAGCAAUAACAGUCACACGACACCUAGCAGUAAGCAGAGUCCCUCUGAAUUAAAUCUACUGAUCAAAGAGACAAUGCCUCUGCCGAGAAAACUCGUCCGCGGUCAAGAUGUCUGGCUUGGUAAGGGUGCAGAGCAAACAAGGCAGAUCCUCAAGUGUAUGUGGUGCGGUCAGAGCUUCAGAUCUUUAGCAGAAAUGACUUCACACAUGCAGCAGACUCAGCAUUACACGAACAUCAUCUCUCAGGAGCAAAUAAUCUCGUGGAAAUCAUCGGAUGACGGCAAAGGAGGCAGUGGAGGUCCUGGCGCAGGAAUGGGUGGUGCUGGUGGAGGUGGACCUGGUGGUGGUAUGCCACCAGGAAGUGGUGCCGGUCAGCACGGAAGCAAUUCUGGAGGUCCCGGUGGUGUUGGUGGUGCUACCAGCAGCCACGUGAGCGCAGUCUUGACUUGCAAAGUCUGUGAUCAGGCAUUUAGUUCACUAAAAGAACUCAGCAACCAUAUGGUUAAAAAUUCCCACUACAAAGAACACAUCAUGCGGUCCAUAACUGAGAGCGGCGGGCGUCGAAGACAAACGCGUGAAAAGAGAAAAAAAUCAUUGCCAGUUAGAAAACUGCUUGAAUUGGAGCGAGCGCAGAAUGAGUUUAAAAAUGGUGAUACGACAGCUGGAUUGGCGCACAGUCUGGUUAAACACGCUGGCCGUAUAACUUGUGAAAAGUGCGGAGAUAAAAUAGAAACAACUGUUUUUGUUGAGCACAUUCGUCAGUGCAUCGGUGCAGGCACCGUAGGAAUAAAUCAGCGUAAUUUUUUGAAGUCUGCGUUGAUGUCUAAUAACAUGUCCCAAGUAUUACCCUCGAGUGAGAGCGGCAGAAAGAGUGUCAAUGAAGACGCAUCUUCGGUCUCAUCAAGGCAUCAUCGAUCUCCUUCCUCAGCUAGUGACACCACCACACCGGGUAAAGAUACUCCGACUCCAAGUGCCAAUGAAUCAACGAGUACCACCUCCUCGCCAUCAGUACUUAAUGCCAUUGAAAAGUUGAUUGAAAAGAGUUUUGACUCGCGAGGUCGUCAUGGCACAGCGGGUCAUCAUCAUAAUCAACCGGGCGCGCCAAUAGGUUCCAGUAUUCUCAAACGUCUUGGUAUUGAUGAAAGUGUAGACUACACAAAGCCACUGGUCGAUCCACAGACGAUGAAUUUAUUACGGAGCUAUCAGCAGCAGCAUUACAAUUCUGCGGCAAUCGCUGCGAGACGAGAGAGAAGUGGAAGUGAAUCUAGUUCGAUAUCAGAGCGAGGAAGUACACGAACUGACACGAUGACUCCAGAAAGACGCUUGGAUCUUUCUGUUAAUCAUGACAGACUUUCCUCAGCCUCGUCUCAUCGUCAUCGCUCGUCGCCUGACAAGCAGACGCCAACUCCAAGUCGGCACUCGGUACCCGAAGAGUCCGGUGAUGAAGAAUCGGUGGUGGUAAAAAAAGAACCCAGAGAUGAGGACGCCGAGCCGGCUGGUAAUGAAGAUGAGCCACCGAGAGAUGUGGUCGUCAAGAAAGAAGUUGAAGAUUCGCGUGACGAAGAAGAACCGACGACUCCGUAUAAUUGUCACGGGCAAAAUAAUGCCGAAGCGACAGCAGACGAGCCCAGAGAGUCGGCUUCUCCGCAAUUAAAUCCACCAACACCCCGAUCGACUGGUACUGGAGAGCAGUCACAUCAAGUCGCUCGUAGUCCUUGUAGAAAUAGCACGAGCAGCCCGGCGAGCAGCGAUCGUUCAGUGACGCCUCGGGGAACACCAGACACCAAAACAUCUAGUAGUCUCGGUGCUCUGUCUUCCAUGUUUGACAGUCUCUCGGGUGGUGGUGGGACUGGCGGUAACUCUGACAACCAAGGGCGUAAAACCAGCAGUCAUCCUCUCGCAGCUCUUCAAAAACUCUGUGACAAAACAGAAACACGUGGUCCUGGAGUAGCCGGUGGCUCGAGAUCUUCACACGGUGGCGGUUCGAGUCAGCAGCACGCGAGUGGAAGCAGCAGCAGCACGGCGACUACCAGUCACGGAAGUGGACCAACGCCCGGUGCCAUAUUGGCGUUCAGUUGGGCCUGCAAUGACGCCGUUGUCACGGCUGACUCCAUUAUGAAAUGUGCAUUCUGCGAUACGCCCUUCAUAUCCAAGGGCGCGUACAGGCAUCACUUGUCUAAAAUGCACUUCGUCAAGGACGGGAUGAUCCCCGAUCCUCUGACGAUCGGACGAUCAGCAGCCGCAGCCGCAGCAGCUCUCGCAGGAACUCAGUCAGCAUCCGGAGGUCCAAGUCAUAGCGCUUCAUCUCCGCCGACCCCGCAGCGGAAAUCUCCGCCUGUCCCUCAAGCAAACGGUAGUCCGUCUCAACCCGCGGCCUCUCCCCUCGAGGAGAGCCCGCACUCAAAGUUUCUCAAGUAUACGGAACUGGCCAAACAAUUGUCCAGCAAAUACGUAUAGUCCGAGCCCCGUAAGUAGCGGUGCCAUUUGUACAUAAAUGUAUCUAUAGUCUCAACAAACGACUGCAAGCAAACGACGUAGUCGAAUUUUAAAAUAAAUUAGACAGUAUGUCCUCCCUAUCCUGUUUUAAAUAUUUUCGCGCGUUAUACGACUCAUCUUAAGACUGACUCGAGAUACGUCACGUUGGAUCGUUGCAUUGUUGUCACAACGAGACUAUCAAUGUUUAAUAAUUUAUAAAAAAAAAAAAAAAAAUAUCUAAAGAUAAAUAAAUAAAUAAAUAAAUAAUAAUUUGGCUUAAAAAGAGUCUCUCUUCGGAUGCUGCGUAACUCGCGUCGAGUCUUGUCAUUCCUUGUCGAGUACGUAAACUUAGCAUGCGUACGACUUUGUAGAUUAUAUAUAUACAUACAUAUAUAUAUUUUUUUUUUCCCCUAAAAAUAAUAUCGGGAAAAAGACUGGCUAGGGUGGCUUUUUAGUGCGCUCAUCUUUUCUUUCGUUAUUCUUUUCCAUCAUCAUCAUUUUUAUCAUAAAAAAAAAUUAAUUUCUUCCGUCCUCGCGUCGCGUACUCUGAUCACAUCACAAAACUUGAAAAUUAGACAAAUAGUGAAGCAAUAUUUAGGUUACAGUUAUUAUUUCUUUUUUUUUUUUUAAUUUGUAUAUCCGUUGCAUAAGUCGAGGAUGGAAUAAAAAAAAAAUAAUCGUGUUAAGACUGCGGAAUCUAACGAAUAAUGACAACAGAUGCGACUGAUACAGUUAGUUUUAUAUUUAAUUAUCAUUAUCAUUAUCAUUAUUAAAAUUAUUGUUAUCAUAAUUAAAAUAAUAAUAAAUAUAAUUACAAUGUAUACUUAAACUUGACAAUGCUGACGAUUACGGUGACGGUAAAGGACUUGAGACUCUCAGGAUCUGUAUAAUCAUAUAGUGCGUGUGCGUGUUCGACAAGUUUUAAGUGCGUUAAUUAAUUGUGAUGCCACCAUAUCUUGCGGUACUGCUGAGCCACACACACAGACACACACACACUUACACUUAAUCACAGAUACACGCGAUACCCGACACGAGAUCGCGGCUCAGCGGCCAAGUUUGUGAUGUUUAUAAUAAAAUUUAAAAAAAGAAAAAAAAAAUACUUAAGCAAUUAAAGCUCGGAGUCGAGUGAAGUCAAAAUAAAAUGUCAAAAAGUAAUUAUAUUAAAUAAAUGAAAAAUAUAUAAUAAAGAGAAAAAAUUUCGAAUAGAAAAGCUUAUCACCAGUCGUAAAGUCGACCGUCAUGUAUACCACCUUUAGAUUAAGGACACUAGGUUAUUAGAUAUAUAUAGAGAAGUACUAGAUCUAGCACGCCUUUGUAUAACAAAAACUCUCACGAGAGACUUGAAAAACAAAAAAAAAAAAAAUUGUACGAGUUACGAUUGCGUUUAUUAAAAGUAGGUUUUAAUAAAAUUAAUAGAACUUAAAAUUUAUUGCACAGAACAAAAGGAUUUCUUGGCGCAAGAAAAAUUUUGAAUUAUGAAAUGGAAAAAAAAAUUUUAUGAUUAGAAAAAAAUUUCUGGCCUAAGAAAUUUUUCCUCGUCUAAAAAAAUUUUUAUUUGGCACAAAAAAAUUUUUAUUUUCAAUUCGUGAUGCCAAAAAUUUCUUAAGGCAAGUAAAAAUUUUCAGUAUGAAAUGGAAAAAUAAAAUUUUCUGAUGACUUGGAAAAAAUUCUCAGCGUAAGAAAUUUUUCUUCGUCUAAAAAAAUUUUCAUUUGUCACAAGAAAAUUUUUUUUUUCAAUUCGUGAUGCCAAAAACUUCUUAGGGCAAGUAAAAAUUUCCAGUAUGAAAUAAAAACUAAAAUUUUCUUAGGACAAAAAAAAAAUUCUUGGCUCAAUAAAUUUUUCCUCGUCAAAAAAAAUUAUUGUUUUCAAUUCGUGAUGGCAAAAAUUUUUUAGGCCAAUUAAAAAUUUUUUUUGCUUCAAGAAAUAAUUUAUUUCUGUGCAGGAAUUGAAUUAUGAGAAAAGAUGAGUGCACUGCGGUGCAAUACGCUGAGGUUUAUUGUCGCGAUAGAAUGCCGUUUAUUACGGCUCAUUCGCCGAUAUAUUAUAUAUUAUUAUUAUAUAUAUUAUUAGGAACUAUGAAUUUUUUUUAAGAAUACGCGAUACUCAAAAAUCGUGUGUUGAGAGACCAUUGUAAAUUUUAUUUGUUUAAAAAAAAAAUCUAUAUUUAUUAUUAUUGCGCCAAUUGAGCCGACUCGUGUCAUUACAUGUAAAAUAUGUCAUUAUUAUCAUUCGUAUUACCGAUCAUGUGUAUAUUGAACUUAAAAAAGGUAACAAUUAUAUAUUAUUAUUAUUAUUAUUAUUAUAAUUGAUGAAUAUAAUACAUAUAAAUAAAUAAAUGAUUAUAAAAGUAAAUAAUAAUAAUAUUAAUUAUGGUACAUAAUUAUGCCGAACAGUGAUAUUGGGUGAGAAAAGGGCGCGUUUAGUGUCUGAGUGAAUGUUUACGAUAUAAAUUGAGCAGCAAUUAUGUAGAAACUUUAAGUUUUAAUAAAUUUAUGAAUGCGUCGAGUGACAAAUGGUUUUAAAAUAAUAAUAUUAAUAAUAAUAAUGAUAACUUUUGUCGAAUAAAACUGGAAGCUGGACAUAAUAAUUAUAUUGUACGGUAAAAAAAACCGAGUACUUCGGUCAAAGAUAUAGAGAAAAAUAAUAUUAAAUAAAUAAAACACUUGUAUACGUAUUCCUUGUAAACUGUAAUAAUUCUUCCAUCGCGGACUUUUAAAGUAUUUAUCAACAUAAUAAUAUUAAUUAUUAUUAUUGUAAUUAUAUACGACUGCUGUGAGUGAGAGCGAGUGCGAGAGAGAGAAAAUAAAUAACGUAUGAGUGUGUGAUGACCGAAAAACAACACGAAAAUUUUUUUUCCUUCGUGAUAUAACACUGAGACAGUGAGUGAGCUAUUCUAUAUUCUGUACGAGGUAAGAUGGCACAGAUCCAGUGGAAAAUAUACCAGUGAAAAUAAAUAAAUUAAAAAAAAAACACAAGUAUACAAAAUUUUGAGGACAUGCGCUCUCAGUUUUCGAUUUAAAAUUAUUUGAAUAAGUAAAUAAAUAAAAUAAUUUCUGAAAAUUUAAAAAAAUUCUUUACUCGUACGAUGAAAACUCCACCUACAAAGAUAUGCAUUAUGUAUACGCGAAAAAAAAACUCUUGAAACCAUUUUACCAGAAUUGUCAUUAUUUAAUUAUUUCGGUUGUAUUUUAAAAUGCAAUUAAAGCUCAAAUAAAUAUAUAUGUUAUAAACUUA